AUGGUCGGCAAAGACUGCGUCGCCAUAGCCUGCGACCUCCGCCUGGGCCUCCAGGCGCUCACCGUAUCCAACAACUUCCCCAAGAUCUUCCAGUACGGCGACGUAUUCCUGGGCCUGACGGGCCUCGCAACCGACGUCGGCACCGUCGCCGACCUUUUCCGCUACAAGGUCAACAUGUACCGCCUCCGCGAGGAGCGCGCCAUCGCGCCCCGGACCUUUGCCAACCUCGUCUCCUCGUCGCUAUACGAGCGCCGCUUCGGCCCGUACUUUGUGUCCCCCGUCGUGGCGGGGCUGGAUCCCAAGACGGGCAAGCCCUUCAUCUGCGGCUUCGACAGCAUAGGAUGCAUUGAUUUUGCAAAGGACUUUAUCGUUUCGGGCACGGCGUCGGAGCAAUUGUUUGGUAUGUGUGAGGGUUUGUGGGAGGAGGACAUGGGUCCUGAUGCUCUUUUCGAAACCAUCUCGCAGGCGCUCUUGAAUGCUGUCGAUCGAGAUGCCCUUUCUGGAUGGGGCGCACAUGUGUACAUCAUUGAGAAGGACAAGGUUACCAAGAGAUUACUAAAGGGUAGACAGGAUUAA